GACCCUGACAAUUACUUACUUUUGAAUAUGCAACAACCCGGCGUAAGUAGUGUGGCUGCGAACGUAUUCAACCAAAUUGACAGGAACAGAAAGGGAGCCAUAACUGCGAGUGAAUUGCAGCAGGCAUUAUCCAACGGAUUGGGGACAUCAUUCAAUAUCAAAACGAUUGAACUGAUGAUAUGUAUGUUUGAUAAAGAUAUGAAUGGCACUAUAAAUGUCUAUGAAUUCUCUCAACUAUUUGAGUACGUACAACAGUGGCAACAAUGUUUUCGAUCAUAUGACAGAGAUGGAUCCGGUACAAUCGACUGUCGAGAGUUUCAUACUGCUUUAACAAGCUUUGGUUAUCGAUUGUCUCCAGAAUUUUCACAAUUCUUAAUUAGAAAAUUCGAUAAAAAUCGCCGCGGAUCAGUAGGAUUUGAUAAUUUUAUCUUGGCAUGUGUUUGUUUAAAGAAUUUAACUGAUGUAUUCAGACCUUAUGAUUAUCAACGAAAUGGAAUGGCACAACUUAGUUAUGAACAAUUUUUAACUGCUGCAUUCAGUGUAGUUAGUUAAUUCAACAUUAUUAUUAAUGGUCAAAUAUUAUCAAUAUCCUUUUCUUUAAGAUUGUAAAGAUAAUAGUGCUUACUUAUUUAUAUCGAUCAAGUUAUUAUACUUGACCCAUAUUCUUGUCUAGAAACAAACAAACAUAAGUAUGGAAUAUUAUGUAAUUAUCUAAAUAACUUAUUGUGAAUAUACAGUAUAAUUGGAGACCAUAUCUGUCUGUCUCAUGUAAUUGUCUACAGUGAGGUUACUACUAUAACCAAUAUACUCACUUUUUUCAUU